AUCACACAUACAUACAUAGCCCAUGGCGCCAUAGGCUCUCUCGGUGGAAAGGAGGCUUGCACAGUAGCAGUCAUCAGUACUGUUCGACAUUUUUUUAUUUUUCUUCAUUUAUAAUUCCAUGAGAGAGAACAGCAUAUUAACCCGCUCGGCAGAAAACGUCUCUGCUAUUGUCAGGUUAAAGAUAUCAAAACCCAUCUGCUGUCUGCCUCUCAUUUAUUCUCCUCUUUUUUUUUUUUUUUUUAAGAUAAUUUUACUUCUAGUUUACAGAGAAAAUUUAGAAAAGAAAAAGUUUGAAUUAUAAAACAUUUGGCUUUUUUCAUUUAUCAUUGGCUGUUGGUGUUUGCUUCUGCUUGCUUUUCUAUGCCCUGGUUUUCCUUGUUUCAUAUUCUGUUCUUUUUAGUUUUUUCUCUAAUAACUAGCAAUAAAUAAGAUUCUCGAGAUUAGAGUCUGAGACAAAGACCCCAGGACUCUAUUCAAGCUCUUUCUGAACUUGGGUUUUUCAUAAACAGUGAGAGGUUGUGUUGUGUGAGAAACAAACCGUCUCACUAUCAUUCUGAUGAAGGAGAGAGGAGGCUCUCUUGGGGGAGAGAGCCUGCCUGAUACCAGCAGCAGCACCACCACCACCACCAUCACCACCAGUAAAGAAGAAGAUACUCAAGAACCAAACUCAACACAACCACCUGUCCCAAAAAACUGAACUCAUUUUGUUACUGACUUAAAACCCAUAAGCACCAUCUGGGUUCUUUUGUUUUUGGGUCUCUUUUGGUGUUUGAUAGACUAAGCACCCAAAAAUCACUCUCUGGUUCUGUGUUGUUUUUGGCCUUCUCGAUCUUUUAGGUGUUUUUUUUUUAUAUAUUUUUUGGCUUUGGUGGGUGUAUAUAUGGCACUUUCUAUGCACAAUAAGGAGGGAAAUAAUAAGCAGAUGGAUACAAGCAAGUAUGUGAGGUACACACCUGAGCAAGUGGACGCAUUGGAGAGGGUGUACACAGAAUGCCCAAAGCCUAGUUCUUUGAGAAGGCAGCAGCUCAUUAGAGAGUGUCCUAUCCUUGCCAACAUUGAGCCGAAACAAAUCAAAGUCUGGUUUCAAAACCGCAGAUGCCGUGAAAAGCAGAGGAAGGAAGCUUCACGUCUCCAUACAGUGAAUAGGAAGCUGACUGCCAUGAACAAGCUGUUGAUGGAAGAGAACGAUCGGUUACAGAAGCAGGUCUCACAGUUGGUUUAUGAGAAUGGAUACAUGCGUCAACAACUGCAGAAUGCUUCAGCAACGACCACAGACAAUAGCUGUGAGUCUGUGGUCAUGAGUGGUCAGCAGCAACAACAGCAAAACCCAACACCUCAGCAUCCCCAGCGGGAUGCUAACAACCCAGCUGGUCUUCUCGCAAUAGCAGAGGAAACCCUGGCAGAGUUCCUUUCUAAGGCUACUGGAACUGCUGUUGACUGGGUCCAGAUGAUUGGGAUGAAGCCUGGUCCGGAUUCUAUUGGCAUUGUUGCUGUUUCCCGCAAUUGUAGUGGGGUUGCAGCACGAGCCUGCGGCCUUGUGAGUCUAGAGCCCACAAAGGUUGCUGAAAUCCUCAAAGAUCGUCCAUCUUGGUUUCGCGACUGUCGGUGCCUUGACGUAUUGAGUGUAAUUCCCACAGGAAAUGGGGGCAAAAUUGAGCUCAUAUACAUGCAGACUUAUGCACCAACAACAUUGGCUGCAGCACGUGACUUUUGGACGCUGAGAUACACUACAACUUUGGAAGAUGGCAGUCUCGCGGUUUGUGAGAGGUCAUUAACUACUAACACUGGUGGUCCAGCUGGACCACCUGCUUCGAGCUUUGUAAGAGCUGAAAUGCUUCCUAGUGGCUAUCUAAUUCGACCUUGUGAGGGUGGUGGCUCCAUCAUUCACAUUGUGGACCAUGUUGAUUUAGAUGCUUGGAGCAUUCCUGAAGUUCUGAGGCCCCUAUAUGAAUCAUCCAAAAUUCUUGCUCAGAAAAUGACCUUGGCUGCCUUACGGUACAUACGGCAAAUUUCACUAGAGACUAGUGGAGAAAUUCAGUAUGGUGGUGGUCGACAGCCUACUGUUUUAAGAACAUUUAGUCAGAGACUUUGUAGGGGUUUCAAUGAUGCUGUCAAUGGAUUUGCAGAUGAUGGUUGGUCACUUCUCGGUGGUGAUGGUGUGGAGGAUGUGACCAUUGUCAUAAAUUCAUCUCCAAAUAAAUUUCUAGGGUCUCAAUAUAAUGCUUCAGUGUUCCCAACUUUUGGAGGAGGGGUGCUGUGUGCAAAGGCAUCAAUGUUGCUGCAGAAUGUCCCCCCUGCUCUGCUUGUUCAGUUUCUGAGGGAACAUCGUUCAGAGUGGGCUGACUAUGGGGUUGAUACCUAUUCUUCGGCAUGUCUCAAAGCUAGUCCUUAUGCAAUUCCUUGCGCAAGACCUGGGGGUUUCCCCAGUGGCCAGGUCAUUUUACCUCUUGCCCAUACUGUGGAGCAUGAGGAGUUCUUGGAGGUAGUUCGGCUGGAGGGCCAUGCCUUUUCCCCUGAAGAUGUAGCUUUGGCACGGGAUAUGUACCUGUUACAGCUUUGCGGUGGAGUUGAUGAAAAAGCUGUUGGUGCCUGUGCCCAGCUUGUCUUUGCACCUAUUGAUGAAUCCUUUGCUGAUGAUGCUCCUCUGUUGCCAUCUGGUUUCCGUGUCAUACCAUUAGAUCCUAAAGCAGAUGGGCCUGCUCCAACUCGCACAUUAGAUUUGGCCUCUACGCUUGAAGUAGGUGCUGGUUGUGCACGCCCAUCUACUGAGGCUGAUACCAACAAUUAUAACCUUAGGUCAGUCCUGACAAUUGCAUUCCAAUUUACUUUUGACAACCACUUGCGAGACAAUGUGGCUGCUAUGGCUCGCCAAUAUGUGCGUAGUGUUGUGGGGUCGGUUCAGAGGGUUGCAAUGGCUAUUUCCCCUUCACGGCUCAGCUCCCAUAUUGGGCCAAAGUCCCUUCCUGGCUCUCCUGAGGCUCUUACUUUGGCACGAUGGAUUUACCGAAGCUACAGGAUCCACACCGGGGGAGAUCUCAUUCGGGUUGAAUCCCAAGCUGGUGAUGCUUUGUUGAAGCAACUUUGGCACCAUUCAGAUGCAAUUAUGUGCUGUUCCUUGAAAACCAAUGCAUCUCCAGUCUUCACUUUUGCAAACCAGGCUGGUCUCAACAUGCUUGAAACAACUCUCGUAGCCCUUCAAGAUAUUAUGCUUGACAAGAUUCUCGAUGAAGCAGGCCGGAAGAUUCUUUGCUCAGAGUUCUCUAAGAUCAUGCAACAGGGGUUUGCAUGCCUGCCAGCUGGAAUAUGCGUAUCCAGCAUGGGGAGGCCAGUCUCCUAUGACCAAGCUAUUGCAUGGAAAGUCCUCAACGAUGAUGAUUCCAACCACUGCCUGGCCUUCCUGUUCAUGAACUGGUCUUUUGUUUGAUGAUUAAGAAAAAUACCUAGAACUUGGCUAUCUAUUAAGUUAUAUAUAUUUCCUUGUAUUAGUAUCCGAGAAACUAUGACAUUUGAAUGUAGUAAUGACAGGAUAUCAUGAAUGAAUUUGUCUUCAUGUGCAUGGUUA